GUCAACAGUUAGCGCCCAGGAAAAGAUACAACGGUAUUUUAACAUCAAAUUGUUUACGGAUAAUCAUUCACAGCAAGCUGCACCUCAUGAAAUAAUUUUAACACGUUUGCUGUUGGCUUGACACAAUGCAAAUACGCUAGAGCUUUUGUCAAGGUAAAUCCCGAGACUGCCAAGAUUGCUUUUCUUUCCGAAUACGACAUAAUAGUUGUGCAGCGCCGUGUUCGCGCUAUAUUAGUUAACAAUUUUCAAGAAACGGCUCUUCUAUUGUAAGCAUGUUUAUGCCAAGGGCCCUAAAAGUAAAGAGACCCGCCGAGGUAGCGGGUCUGCCUGUUACGAAGAGGAGCAAGGUGAGUCAAGAGGAGAGGAGUUCCGGACCCACUGCUGAGACUGCCGCUGACAACUCAGCUGUAACUCCGCCGGAUGGGGGAAAAACACACGAAGACACGAACACACAGGAAAUAACGAUGCCAGAAAGAGCAGGCUCUGCGUCGCUGGAAGACAGUCCCCCGCGCGAAGAGCAGCUAGAGCCCAUUUCAGGUGAUGAUAAGGAGGAGGAAGAUGAACCUGUCAAAUCAUUCAAGAAGAGUCAGAGGUGGCCUGAACCAGGGGAGCCUGUCUGCGUCAUGUGCGGCCGCUAUGGAGAGUACAUCUGCGACAGCACUGACAAUGACGUUUGCAGUCUCGAAUGCAAGGCCAGCCACUUAGUGCGAAUGGGUUUGAGCACCAGGGUGAGUGCAUUUAACCUUGAACAGAAACCUGUAACUGAGAAGAACCCACAAACCCCACUGCCUGUAGCUGACACUGGUAGUGUCUGCCAGCUUGAAAAAGACUAUUCCUAUAAGGAAGACCCGUUCAUAUUGAGUCUCACCGAGGACCAAUUGCAGCGAGUUAAGCAGGAGCUUGGCAUCGAUGCCCAGGGGAGAGAUGUGAGCAGACCCAUCAUUGAGUUUGAGCACUGUGGUUUCCCUGCCACCCUGAGUGCCAACCUGAAGAAGGCCGGUUACGAGGCGCCCACGCCCAUCCAGAUGCAGAUGGUACCUGUGGGUCUGACCGGGAGGGAUGUGAUCGCUAGCGCUGACACUGGUUCAGGGAAGAGUGUGGCCUUCCUGUUACCCGUGAUUUUAAGAGCACUGGAGAAACCAGCUGAUGGUACGAGUAGCCCUGCAGCUGUCAUCCUCACGCCUACCAGGGAGCUGGCUAUUCAGAUUGAGAGGCAGGCCAAGGAGCUGGUGAUGGGCUUGCCCAACAUGAGAACAGCCCUGCUGGUGGGGGGCAUGCCGCUACCCCCCCAGCUCCACCGUCUCAAACGCAGCAUCAAAAUUAUCAUAGCCACUCCAGGACGGCUUCUGGAGAUCUUGAAGCAGAAAGCACUGCAGCUGGACAAAGUGAAAGUCAUUGUGGUUGACGAGGCGGACACCAUGUUGAAGAUGGGCUUCCAGCAGCAGGUCUUGGAGGUUCUAGAGCAUGUUCCCGAGCAACAUCAGACUCUGCUGACAUCUGCCACCAUCCCAACAGGGACGGAGCAGCUGGCUUCCCGGUUGACCCAGGACCCCAUUCGUAUCGCCAUAGGAGAAAGGAACCAGCCAUGUGCCAACAUCAGACAGAUCCUGCUGUGGGUGGAGGAACCCUCUAAAAAAAAGAAGCUCUUUGAGAUUCUGAAUGACAAUAAACUGUACCAGCCUCCGGUGGUGGUGUUUGUUGACUGUAAGCUCGGGGCAGACUUGCUGUGUGAGGCAAUCAUCAAGGUGACCGACCUGAACACUGUUGCCAUCCACUCUGACAAGAACCAGAGGGAACGCAACCGCAUCCUUAAGGGUCUUCUGGAUGGGGACUUUGAGGUGGUGGUCAGUACAGGAGUGCUAGGCAGAGGACUUGAUCUGGUCAAUGUCAAGCUGGUGGUCAACUUUGACAUGCCAGCCAGCAUGGAUGAGUAUGUGCAUCAGGUGGGCAGGGCGGGUCGGCUGGGCCACAGAGGAACAGCCAUCACAUUUCUCAACAAUAACAACAAGCGUCUAUUCCUGGAUGUGGUCAACAGGGUUAAGCCAACAGGCUCUAUCCUACCACCUCAGCUGCUCAACUCCCCUCACCUGCAUGAGCAGCAGAGGAGGGAGAGACAGAAGGCCAAGCUGGGGCCAGAUGAUCCCUUGGUCACCAAGGACAACCUCAUAGAUAUCAUCAGGAAACAUCACCGGCGGAAGAAAUAAUGACUGUUCAUUUUACAGCAAUAGCAACGAUGCCUUUGUAUUUAUUGUUUAAAUGAUGAUUUUUUUUUAUAAUUAAGACUUUAAUUUUUGACAAUAAAUUUAGCACAUUUUCAAAAAAGGGUUUACUUUCGAAAGUGAUUAAUGUGAAGGGUACAUUUAAUGAGUUUUGUCUGGAAAUG